AUGGUAAGAAGAGCACAAUGCAUCCUCUUUACUUCCUUCUACGAGCUCGAGUCCCAAAUAAUCGAUGCAUUGCGUGAGCAACUUCACUGCCCAGUGUACACAAUUGGCCCUUCUAUUCCUUUCAUGCAUCUCAGAGACAAUAAUAACAACAUAGACCACAUCCAAGGAUGGCUAAACUCACAACCCAAGAAAACAGUACUCUACGUCUCGUUGGGUAGUUUUCUCUCAGUCUCGGUUGCUCAAAUGGACGAGAUUGCAACAGGUCUAAGAUUGAGCGGGGUACGAUUCAUGUGGGUGGCUCGUGGAGAUUCUUCUUCGAGACUGCAAGAAAUGGUUGGCGACAUGGGGAUCAUAGUUCCAUGGUGCGAUCAACUGAAAGUUUUGAACCACGACUCGAUAGGGGGAUUCUUGACUCACUGUGGAUGGAAUUCUACGUUAGAGGGUGUAUUUUGUGGGGUUCCAAUGCUUACUUUCCCGAUAUUUUGGGAUCAGCCAGUGGCUAGUAGGCUUGUUGUUGAUGAAUGGAAGAUUGGGUUGAAUUUGAGAGGAGAUGCUGGGAGGGAAGGUGUGGUUGGCAGAGAGGAGAUCGCGUUGCUUGUGAAGAAGUUGAUCGAUUCGGAUGGUGAUGAUAGUAGGGACAUAAGGAGAAGAGCUGCAGGACUCCGAGGUUCUGCCCGUAGAGCUAUCUCAGCUGGUGGAUCUUCCUCGGAGAAUCUUGAUUCCUUCGUUAGAGAUCUUAUGAAGGGUAGCGGCUGCUAG